AUGGCGCCUCCAGAAGACGACUCACCACUAACCCUCCUCGAAGGCCUCCUCUCCCCCGAGACGCUCGAAUUUCUCCACACGACCGCCUUCCACCCGCACUCGCCCGUCCAGAUCUUCAAGCGCCACACCGCCAUCAAGCUCCAGCAGGCCCUCAACAUCGCCUACGUCUUCCUGGCGCCCUUGAUCGACCGGGCGCUCGCCCUCCUGACGGCGUCGCCGGGCCUCGUCUCCCUCGCCGCUUUCGUCGCGCUUCUCGCCGCCGCGUGGAUCGUCCUCGGCUGGAUCCGGCGCCUCAUGCUGUUCGCGACGCGCAUGGUGUUCCGGCUGGUGUUCUGGGCGGCCGUCGUCGCCGUGGGCUCGGCCGUCGUGCGGAACGGCGUGUUCGAGACGGUCAAGGAUGCUGUUGUCGUCGGGGGCAAGAUCAUGGGAUUCUUGGCUGUGGCGAAGGAUGUUUGGGUCGGGGAGCUGCGGAGGUACGAGGAGGAGGCGCGGGUGCAGGGGAGACGCUGA